CCGAAGUUGCUAAAAUUUUAGUUCCCGCUCGGAAGAGACGAAGUAGAGGCCCUCGCACGGGGAGGCAAGAUGGCGUGGUCAGGGAAUAAGGCAGCUGUAGUGCUGUGCCUAGAUGUGAGCUUUACCAUGAACAAUUCUUUUCCUGGUGAGGAGUCUUCAUUUGAACAAGCCAAGAAAGUGAUGACCAUGUUUUUACAGCGGCAGGUGUUUGCUGAAAGCAAAGAUGAAAUUGCUUUAGUUCUUUUUGGCACAGAUACCACUAAGAAUGACCUUGCCUCUGGGGAUCAGUAUCAGAAUAUUACUGUUCACAGACAUCUAAUGCUACCAGAUUUUGAAUUGCUGGAAGACAUUCAAAAUGCAAUUCAGCCAGGCUCUGGACAUGCUGACUUCCUCGAUGCCCUCAUUGUGUGCAUGGAUGUGAUACAAAAGGAAACCAUUGGAAAGAAGUUUGAGAGAAAACAUAUUGAAGUAUUCACUGACCUGAGUAGCCCCUUCAGCAAAGACCAGAUGGACAUUAUCAUCAGUAACUUGAAGCGGUCUGACAUCUCUCUGCAGUUCUUUCUUCCUUUUCCAAUUGACAGAGAAGAUGAGGAUGGGGAUACAGAUGACAGCAGUUUUCACUCUGAAAGACACAAACCAUCUCUUCCACAGAAAGGACUCACGAAGCAACAGAAAGAAAGUCUUUGUGUGGUAAAGAAUAUGAUGAUGUCUCUGGAGGGGGAAGAUGGUCUCAAUGAGAUUUACUCCUUCAGUGAGAGUCUAAAACAGCUGUGUGUCUUUAAGAAAAUUGAAAAGAGACCCAUGCCCUGGCCCUGCCUAUUGACCAUCGGCUCUAAUUUGUCUAUAAAGAUUGUGGCCUACAAGUCAGUUACUCAGGAGAAAGUAAAAAAAAGUUGGAUAGUUGUAGAUGCUAGAACUCUAAGGAAAGAAGAUGUACAAAAAGAAACAGUCUACUGCUUAAAUGAUGAUGAUGAAACCGAAGUCCAGAAAGAAGACACUAUCCAAGGGUUCCGCUAUGGGAGUGAUAUUGUUCCUUUCUCUAAAGUGGAUGAGGAGCAAAUGAAAUACAAAACAGAAGGAAAAUGCUUCUCUGUUUUAGGAUUCUGUAGGUCAUCUCAGGUACACAGGAAAUUCUUUAUGGGAAACCAGGUUCUAAAGGUCUUUGCUGCAAAAGAUGAUGAGGCAGCAGCAGUGGCCCUCUCCUCCUUGAUCCAUGCACUUGAUGAAUUAGACAUGGUAGCCAUUGUCCGAUAUGCUUAUGACAGAAGAUCUAAUCCCCAAGUUGGCGUGGCUUUUCCUUUUAUCAAGCAAGCUUAUGAGUGCUUAGUGUAUGUGCAGUUGCCAUACAUGGAAGACUUAAGGCAAUACUUGUUUUCCUCCUUGAGAAACAAUAAGAAGUGUACUCCCACAGAGACCCAACUAUCUGCAGUGGAUGCUUUGAUUGACUCUAUGAGCUUGGUGAACAAUGAUGAAGAUGAGGAUACCAUUGAAGACCUAUUUCAAACCUCUAAAAUUCCAAACCCCCAGUUUCAGAGGUUGUUUCAGUGCCUGCUACAUAGAGCUUUGCACCCCAGUGAUCCUUUGCCCCCAAUCCAGCAACAUAUUUGGGACAUGCUGAAUCCCCCUACAGAGGUGACAGCUAAGUGCCAAGCUCCUCUCUCCAAAAUAAAGACUCUCUUCCCUCUGGCUGAAGCCAUCAAGAAAAGGGAUCAAAUGACAGCUCAGGACAUCUUCCAAGAUAAUCAUGAAGACGAACCUAUACCUAAAAAAGCCAAAACUGAGGAAGGAGAAGGCAACUUCAGUAUCUCCAGCCUGGCUGAGGGCAACAUCACCAGUGUUGGCAGUGUGAACCCAGCUGAAAACUUCCGUGUCCUAGUGAGACGAAAGAAUGCCAACUUUAAGGAAGUAAGUUGCCAGUUGGUACACCACAUCAACCAGUUUUUGGAAACCAAAGGGCUACAGUAUUAUAUGAAGAGCCUUGACUGCAUCAGAGUAUUCAGAGAGGAAGCCAUUCAGUUGUCAGAAGAACAGAACUUUAACAAUUUCCUGCAAACCCUUCGAGAAAAAGUGGAAGAUAAAGCCCUAAAUGAUUUUUGGGAAAUUAUUGUUCAAGAUGGAAUUUCUCUGAUCACAAAAGACGAAGCUCCAGGAAGCUCUGUAACAGCUGAGGAAGCCAAAAAGUUUCUGGCCCCAAAGGAAAAACCAGCCGCAGUCCUGGAUAUAGCUGAGGAAGGAGGAGAUGUGGAUGAUUUGCUGGACAUGAUGUAGGCCAUGGAAGAAACGAAGACUGUGAGCAUAGAAGAGCGUUGUGUUGGCUGCAGGUUCCAGGGAUGAUCCUGGAAAGGAUCCUCUGGGGGAGGCCACCAGGGAGCCGUUCCAAGAGGGAGCUGCCUGUGAUCCCAGGCCAGAGGCUGAACUACAAACCAAUAUUUUCUAUAUGAGUCAUUGAGUUAUUUUCUUAAGCUACAGAAAAUGUACCUGUGCACAUGAUACAUGCAUACAGAGAGGCGCCGCCGAUUCUCAUCUCAGGGUUUUGAUCUUUAUCGUUGUCUCUGCUAACUGGAACGUUAUUUCUAGGUGAGCAGAUUCCAUUGUGAGUGCUCCGUGUGUGUAUUGUUGUUGUUUGGACAACCAAAAUAAAGUCUUUUCCCUCA